AGGGCUCGGGGCCAGCGCUGAGGCUGGGAGGGGGUCGGUUGCGUUUGGGGCAGUCGGAGUCGACGGGCGGUGGGAGGAGACCGCAGUGGCAUCUUCCUUACUUUGUCCGUUCUCCGGGCUCGCGAUCUUCCUUCCGGAGCCAUGUCGGAAGGAGUGGACUUGAUUGAUAUAUAUGCUGACGAGGAGUUCAAUCAGGACCCAGAGUUCAACAAUACAGAUCAGAUUGACCUGUAUGAUGACGUGUUGACAGCCACUUCACAGCCCUCAGAUGACAGAAGCAGCAGCACUGAGCCACCUCCUCCUGUACGCCAAGAGCCAUCUCCCAAGCCCAAUAACAAGAGCCCUGCGAUCCUGUACACGUACAGUGGCCUCCGCAAUAGGCGAGCUGCUGUAUACGUGGGCAGCUUCUCCUGGUGGACCACAGACCAGCAGCUGAUCCAGGUUAUUCGCUCUAUAGGAGUCUAUGAUGUGGUGGAGUUGAAAUUUGCUGAGAAUCGAGCAAAUGGCCAGUCCAAAGGGUAUGCUGAGGUGGUGGUAGCCUCUGAAAACUCUGUCCACAAAUUGUUGGAACUCUUGCCAGGAAAGGUUCUUAAUGGAGAAAAAGUGGACGUGAGGCCGGCCACCCGGCAGAACCUGUCACAGUUUGAGGCACAGGCUCGGAAACGUGAGUGCGUCCGAGUCCCAAGAGGGGGAAUACCUCCACGGGCCCAUUCACGGGAUUCUAGUGAUUCUGCUGAUGGACGGGCCACACCCUCUGAGAACCUUGUACCUUCAUCUGCCCGUGUGGAUAAGCCCCCCAGUGUGCUGCCCUACUUCAGUCGCCCUCCUUCAGCCCUCCCCUUGAUGGGUCUGCCCCCACCCCCAAUUCCGCCCCCACCUCCUCUCUCCUCAAGCUUUGGGGUCCCUCCUCCUCCUCCUGGCAUCCACUACCAGCAUCUCAUGCCCCCUCCUCCUCGAUUACCUCCUCAUCUGGCUGUACCUCCCCCUGGGGCCAUCCCACCUGCCCUUCACCUCAAUCCAGCCUUCUUCCCCCCACCAAAUGCUACAGUGGGGCCUCCACCAGAUACUUACAUGAAGGCCUCAGCACCCUAUAACCACCAUGGCAGCCGAGAUUCGGGCCCUCCGCCCUCUACAGUGAGUGAAGCAGAAUUUGAAGAGAUCAUGAAGCGAAAUAGAGCAAUUUCCAGCAGUGCCAUUUCCAAAGCGGUAUCUGGAGCCAGUGCAGGGGAUUACAGUGACGCGAUUGAGACGCUGCUCACAGCCAUUGCUGUUAUCAAACAGUCCCGGGUUGCCAAUGAUGAGCGUUGCCGUGUCCUCAUCUCCUCUCUUAAGGACUGUCUUCAUGGCAUUGAAGCCAAGUCCUACAGUGUGGGUGCCAGCGGAAGCUCGUCCAGGAAAAGACAUCGGUCCCGAGAGAGGUCACCUAGCCGGUCCCGGGAAAGCAGCAGGAGGCAUCGGGACCUGCUUCAUAACGAAGAUCGGCAUGAUGAUUAUUUCCAAGAAAGGAACCGGGAGCACGAGAGACACCGGGAUAGAGAGCGGGACCGGCACCACUGAGACAGGAGUCUGGUUGGAAGCAAAUGUUUUUUUAAUGGACUUGCAUCUCCUCACCUUGAUCAGGACUAAAGGACGGAGGCCACUCCACCCCUCUCCCUUCCUCCAAACCCCUAACUCCCUUCAGACACCCAGGGAAUACCCUCUGCCCUACAGAUUGGAAGAUUGCCUGGCAGCCCUCCCAAUCCCACACCUCCUGUUUGUCAGGGGAAGGAACCUAAAGACUUCCAUGUGGUUGGAAGGGGUGGCAGACAGGAAGAAAACAUGUCUAGGCCCCUGGUCUCCAUAGAGAAUGGUGCUUUGUCCAAGGAAACGUAGGAGUUUCUGAUUCUCCAGGAGGAAUUCAGUGGUGAGGUUGAUGGGAAGACUUUCUUCCCACAGAAAACGGUUCCUCCGUGCAGGAUCUAGGAGAAGUGACUGGGUGUGCCAAAAUAAGCCCAGGGUCCUGCCCUCAGCAUUAGGUUUGAUGGGGCCAAGAGGGUCCAAUCCCCUUGCUAACAUACCACUUCUUUGUUUAACUCCUUUACCUUCUCAGCCCUUUGAAGAGGGAUCUUGAGAACAGAAAUUCCCAUAUGAAAAGCUUCUCCUGUUCUUGCUUUUCCCUCUUCCAUACUGACAGUUUGUUUCCCUGACCUCCCAGAGGACUGAGUCUUUCCACCUCCCUGCUGCCCAGCCACUUCAUUGGACUUGCCCCUCGUAAGCAGAGAAGGCCAUGAGGUUGCUUGCUGCUGGGAGCCUGGCAGAGCCAGUUACCACCCACUGCUGCUUCGUGCUUGGUUGCCUCUUGCAGUAACCAGCUGUACUAGGUGUUCCCUUUCCUGGGGCUUUUCUGUUUCACACAUGGAGCCCCUCCCCCAAGAAGGCUGCUUCCUUGUUUUAGAGGAAGAUGCUGCCCUUGGGAGAUGGGGACAUCGGACCUCAGCACUGAAGAAGCCCUGUGAAGUACCGGGAGGGGUAGGAGAGGAGGCAAGCUAGGGCAGGCUAGGCCUACUUCCAUAUAGGCUUUUCUUCAGAUUCAAUGUGAGCAUGCGCUUGCAUCCCCCAGGUACAUACUUUUACUUACUGUGGGAUAACCUGGCACUAAUAGGCAGGUAGUCAUAAAUUUGGUGUCUUUCCACCUUUGGACUAUUGACGUAUUAAUAGUUUCCUUCACUCUAUGUGGAGGUACUUCCUGCCUCUGAUGAGGAGCAAGGAGGAAGUGGAGCCUGACUUGAACGAGCUCAGCUCAGAGUCCUACGGACCACCACUCGGGGUCAUUUUCUACACAGGCCAAUGGAAUUGCUCUUCACAGAACAUCCAAGUUGUGUGUUUGCUGCUGAUGGAAGCAGCAGUAACAGGGUCCUGCGGUACCCACAGGGCGAUGGCUGCUGCUUCUGCAUGCAUUUACAGGGCAUGUGACAUCUAACAGGAGAUGAGACGGCGUGUGAGACAUAGGGCCACUGGAGACCCUUCUGGCUCAGACGGGAGAGACCGAGUUGGACCCAACCCUUCUUCUGUGCCCUGCACGUUUCUGACCUAGCCCAUGGUCAGUCAGUGAGGGGGCCCCCAGGGUUGGACAGGCACAUUCCCUUGGGACAGAGGCUACAGUUUGUAGCUAUUUCCCCCUGUCCCCCCAACCCCAUCCCCACCUCUACUUCAGAACAUGGCCCCCCGCCCAACUGGCCAAGCGUUAAGUAAUGUGCUUAUCCUCGGGAGCAGCUCCGGGUGUCUUUUUAAAAUGUAGAGAAAACCAAGUACGGUGACAGUUUAAGGAAAAAAAAAAAUAGAGAAUACCAGAAAAGCUGUUUACCCGGAGAAUUUUUUUCUCCCCAUUCUUGUUUUGUUUUUACUCAAUGACAAAAAUUUUAGUUUUAUUUCCUGAUAGCAAAAGGAAAGAAAAACCCAGCCCUCAAAAAGGCCAAGGCCCCGUCCCCCUGUUGUCGGUGAUUUGUUUGUCUUUCUGAUAGGUUGAAAAUUGUGUAAUAAACUUGAUGACGCUGUCAAUCUUUUAUACUGCAUUGUAUUUUUUUCCUUUUGUAACAAAAUAUUUUUAAAUAAUAAAUGGGGUGUGAGCUGUUUUUUGGA